CAGUACAACAUGCUAACCCUUACUGAGUACUCUGUACUCUGAGCAUCUUGUACUGAAAAGAGAAAUCAUCCAUCUAUUGUAUAGAUUCUACUGAUUCAUACGUUCACACUGAUGCAGAUCUAGUGUUCAUAUGAACAAGGUUGUGAUGUCUUUAAAGGAUGGAGGAGGAUUGUACAUGGAGGAGUUCAGCAGACACAGAGCAGAGGAGGCCUUUUCUACGUGAUGUGCUUCUAUUCAUGACGUUAUCAGUCUCUUUAUUGAUAACAUGGUGUCUAUGUUAGAAUGUGUAUCUGUGGAGAAGCAGCUGACUCAGUGACUGAGUGGCUCUACAUGCUGGUUGAACCAUCAAGUGUCUCUAGGUUUUUCUCUGAGCCUCUACGCAUUACAGCUCUCUGUUCAUCGUUCAUAUUUUAAUAAAGUUAUUAUUCUUGGAUCAGCCGCCUUAGCAUGUCAGUCUGGGAGGAGUUUGAACUGGGAGGGGGAACUGGUCCAACUGGUUGGUUCAUAGUUUCUUUGUUAUGAGUCAGACGGUUUGGUGUGGCUCACUUCAUCACAGCAGGAAGACGACUAAGGUCUCCAGUCUACUAUGGAUGAGGAGAGAGAGGAGAGGGGUCCUACCUCUAAGACCACUCUGUCUGGGGAACAUGGCCGCCGGAGGAAAGCUAAGAGCCCAGAGCAGCAGCAGAGAGCAGACUCACCUGGACCCAGCAGUGUCUCCAUGAAGAGUGACUGGUCUAUGGAUCUACCUGAUAACUUUAAAGAUGGACGGCCCUCCAGAGAGGAGAGAAGGAGGCAGCAGAGAGCAGACUCCCCUGGACCCAGCUGUGUCUCCAUGAAGAGUGACUGGUCUAUGGGUCAUCCUGAUAACUUUAAAGACGGAAAUCAGUCUAUUGAAAAGAGAAGAGUUCAGCAGCAGAGAGCAGACUCCCCUGGACCCAGCUGUGUCUCUAUGAAGAGUGACUGGUCUAUGGGUAUACCUGAUAACUUUAAAGAUGGACGGCCCUCCAGAGAGAAGAGACACCAGGAGAGGUCAAAGGUUACCAGUGCUCAGUCUGUACAGCAUCAAACAGAGCUGGAGAUGAACCAGGAGGAACUGGCCGACACACUGGGGGGCGGUCUCCAGUCUACUAUGGAUGAGGAGAGAGAGGAGAGGGGUCCUACCUCUAAGACCACUCUGUCUGGGGAACAUGGCCGCCAGAGCAAAGCUAAGAGCCCAGAGCAGCAGCAGAGAGCAGACCCCCCUGGACCCAGCUGUGUCUCCAUGAAGAGUGACUGGUCUAUGGACCUACCUCCUGUCUUUAAAGAUGGACGGCCCUCCAGAGACGAGAGAAGGAGGCAGCAGAGAGCAGACUCCCCUGGACCCAGCUGUGUCUCCAUGAAGAGUGACUGGUCUAUGGGUAUACAUGCUAACUUUAAAGAUGGACGGCCCUCCAGAGAGGAGAGAAGGAGGCAGCAGAGAGCAGACUCCCCUGGACCCAGCUGUGUCUCCAUGAAGAGUGACUGGUCUAUGUACCUACCUCCUGUCUUUAAAGAUGGAUGGCCCUCCAGAGACGAGAGAAGGAGGCAGGAGAGAGCAGACUCCCCUGGACCCAGCUGUGUCUCCAUGAAGAGUGACUGGUCUAUGGGUAUACAUGCUAACUUUAAAGAUGGACGGCCCUCCAGAGAGGAGAGAAGGAGGCAGCAGAGAGCAGACUCCCCUGGACCCAGCUGUGUCUCCAUGAAGAGUGACUGGUCUAUGGGUAUACAUGCUAACUUUAAAGAUGGACGCCCCUCCAGAGAGGAGAGACACCAGGAGAGGUCUAAGGUUACCAGUGCUCAGUCCGUACAGCAUCAAACAGAGCUGGAGAUGAACCAGGAGGAACUGGCCGACACACUGUUGGGCGAAUCUGCUGCUGUCGAGUGCCAAGAUAAUUUCAAGUCUCGUUUGAAGAAGAAGUUGUGGAGUUUGGAUGAGGGAAUCACACAACGAGAGCAAAGACCUCUGAAUGAGAUCUACACAGAGCUCUUCAUCACAGAGAGAGGCAGUGGAGAGGUCAACCAGGAACAUGAGGUCAGACUGAUUGAAACAGCUUCCAGGAAACCAGCCAUGAAGGAAAUACCAAUCAGAUGUGGAAACAUCUUUAAACCCUUACCUGGACAAGAUAAACCAAUCAGGACAAUAAUGACAACUGGAGUGGCCGGCAUUGGUAAAACAGUCUUAACACAAAAGUUCACUCUGGACUGGGCUGAAGGCAAAGCCAACCGUGACAUAAACUUCAUAUUUCUCCUCACUUUCAGAGAGCUGAAUUUACUGAAAAAUAAAGAGUUUAGCUUGGUGGGACUUGUUCAUCACUUCUUUAUUGAGACCAAAGAAGCAGAAAUCUGCAGAUUCCACCGGUACCAAGUUGUCUUCAUCUUAGAUGGUCUGGAUGAGUGUCGACUUCCUCUGGACUUCCAGAAGAAACAGAUCUGGACUGAUGUCACAGAGUCCUCCUCGGUGGACGUGCUGCUGACAAACCUCAUCAGGGGCGACCUGCUUCCCUCCGCUCGCAUCUGGAUAACCACACGCCCUGCGGCAGCCAAUCAGAUCCCUGCUGAGUGUGUUGACAGGGUGACAGAGGUGAGGGGGUUCACCGACCCUCAGAAGGAGGAGUACUUCAGGAAGAGAUUCGGAGACGAGGCACUGGCCAACACAAUCAUCUCCCACGUCAAGAAAUCACGAAGCCUCCACAUCAUGUGUCACAUCCCAGUCUUCUGUUGGAUCACUGCUACAGUUCUGGAGGACAUCUUAAAAACAUCCAAGAGAGGAGAAGAGAUGCCCAAGACCAUGACUCAGAUGUACAGCCACUUCCUGAGGGUUCAGUCCAUACAGGGGGAUAGGAAGUACCAUGGGAGAUCUGAAACAGAUCCACACUGGAGUUCAGAGAGCAGAGAGAUUAUCGUAUCUUUGGGAAAACUGGCUUUUAACCAGCUGGAGAAAGGCAACCUGAUCUUCUACGAGGCAGACCUGGCAGACUGUGGCAUCGACAUCAAAGCAGCCUCAGAGUACUCAGGAGUGUUCACCCAGAUCUUUAAAGAGGAGUUUGCGCUGUACCAGGCCAGGGUGUUCUGCUUUGUCCAUCUGAGCCUCCAGGAGUUUCUGGCUGCUCUUUAUGUCUAUCUGUUCUUCAUCGACACUGGUAUCAAUCUGCUCUCAGAACAACCACCCACCUCUGGGGAAGAUAAACUCCUCCUCCUCUACGAGAGUGCUGUGGAAGAAGCCUUAGAGAGUGAGAACGGACACCUGGACUUGUUCCUCCGCUUCCUCCUGGGCCUCUCUCUGGGGACCAAUCAGAUUGUCCUACGAGGUCUGCUGGGACAGACAGGAACUAGCUCACUGACCAAUACAAAAACAGUGUCUUACAUCAAGGAGAAGAUAGAUGGAUAUCUCUCUCCAGAGAGAAGCAUCAAUCUGUUCCACUGUCUGAAUGAGCUGAACGACCAUUCUCUACUGAAGGAGAUCGAACAGUACCUGACAUCAGGAAGUCUCUCAAAAGAAAAUCUCGAACCUGCUCAACUGUCAGCUCUGGCCUUCAUCCUACUGACAUCAGAAGAGGAGCUGGACGUGUUUGACCUGAAGAAAUACUCUGCUUCAGAGGAGGGUCUUCUGAAGAUGCUGCUAGUGGUCAAAGCCUCUAAAACAUCCCUGCUCAAUGGCUGUUGUCUGUCAGUGGAAAGCUGUGAAGCUCUGGCCUCAGUUCUCAGCUCCAGCUCUAGUCUGAGAGAGCUGGACCUGAGUACCAAUGAUCUGAAGGAUUCAGGAGUGAAGCUGCUCUCUGCUGGACUGGGGAGUCCAGACUGUACACUGGAAACUCUCAGGCUCAAUGGCUGUGAUCUGUCAGAGGAAUGCUGUGUAGCUCUGGCCUCAGUUCUCAGCUCCAACUCCUCUAGUCUGAGAGAGCUGGACCUGAGUACCAAUGAUCUGCAGGAUUCAGGAGUGAAGCUGCUCUCUGCUGGACUGGGGAGUCCACACUGUAAACUGGAAACUCUCAGGCUGAAUAGCUGUCAUCUGUCAGAGAGAUGCUGUGAAGCUCUGGCCUCAGUUCUCAGCUCAGACUCCUCUAGUCUGAGAGAGCUGGACCUGAGUACCAAUGAUCUUCAGGAUUCAGGAGUGAAGCUGCUCUCUGCUGGACUGGGGAGUCCACACUGUACACUGGAAACUCUCAGGCUCAAUGUCUGUCAUCUGUCAGUGAGAUGCUGUAAAGCUCUGGCCUCAGUUCUCAGCUCCAACUCCUCUAAUCUGAGAGAGCUGGACCUGAGUUCCAAUGAUCUGCAGGAUUCAGGAGUGAAGCUGCUCUCUGCUGGACUGGGGAGUCCACACUGUACACUGGAAACUCUCAGGCUCAAUGGCUGUGAUCUGUCAGAGAGAUGCUGUGAAGCUCUGGCCUCAGUUCUCAGCUCAGACUCCUCUAGUCUGAGAGAGCUGGACCUGAGUACCAAUGAUCUGCAGGAUUCAGGAGUGAAGCGGCUCUCUUCUGGACUGGGGAGUCCACACUGUACACUGGAAACUCUCAGGCUCAAUGGCUGUCAUCUGUCUGGGAGAUGCUGUGAAGCUCUGGCCUCAGUUCUCAGCUCCAGCUCUAGUCUGAGAGAGCUGGACCUGAGUACCAACGAUCUGCAGGAUUCAGGAGUGAAGCUGCUCUCUGCUGGACUGGGGAGUCCACACUUUACACUGGAAACUCUCAGGCUCAAUGGCUGUGAUCUGUCAGAGAGAUGCUGUGAAACUCUGUCCUCAGUUCUCAGCUCCAGCUCUAGUCUGAGAGAGCUGGACCUGAGUACCAAUGAUCUGAUGGAUUCAGGAGUGAAGCUGCUCUCUGCUGGACUGGGGAGUCCACACUGUACACUGGAAACUCUCAGGCUCAAUGGCUGUCAUCUGUCAGAGAGAUGCUGUGAAGCUCUGGCCUCAGUUCUCAGCUCCAACUCCUCUAGUCUGAGAGAGCUAGACCUGAGUACCAAUGAUCUGAAGGAUUCAGGAGUGAAGCUGCUCUCUGUUGGACUGGGGAGUCCACACUGUACACUGGAAACUCUCAGCUUGUCUGGCUGCCUGGUCACACAGGAAGGCUGUGCUUUUCUGGCCUCAGCUCUGAGCUCCAACCCCUCCCAUCUGAGAGAGCUGGACCUGAGCUACAAUCACCCAGGAGACUCUGGAGCUGCGCUGCUCUCUGCUGGACUGGAGGAUCCACGCUGGAGACUGGACACUCUCAGUGUGGAGCACGGUGGAGUGUGGAGGCUGAAACCAGCUCUAAAGAAGUAUGCCUGUGACCUCACACUGGACCCCAACACGGCCUACAGAGACCUCUCUCUGUCUGAGGACAACAGGAAGUUGACGCGGGUUGGAGAGGACCAGUCGUAUCCGGAUCACCCAGACAGAUUUGACUACUGGCCCCAGGUGUUGGGUAGAGAGGCUCUGACUGGCCGCUGUUACUGGGAGGUAGAGUGGGAAGGAUCUGUUGUUAUAGGAGUGACAUACAGAGGAAUCACAAGGAGAGGACGGGGUGGUGACAGCCUGCUUGGAGGGAAAAACAAGUCCUGGAGUCUUUAUUGUCAUGAUGGUCGUUACUCUGCCUGGUACAACGGUAUAGAGACAAUCCUCCCUCUCCCCCCCGCUGGCUCCACCAGAGUAGGAGUGUAUCUGGACCGGCCUGCUGGCUCUCUGUCCUUCUACAGAGUGUCCCCAGGUGGAGGAGGGUCCUCAGACACACUGACACACCUCCACACCUUCUGCUCCUCCUUCACCCAGGAGGACCUCCUCCCGGGGGUGGGGGUAUGGACCCCCUCCGGGCCCUUAGGGACCCCCUGGGUCGGCUUCUCAGUGUCUCUGUGUCAGUUAUAGACACACACACGCACACAUGCACGCACGCACAUGAAGGGUGCGUGAG